AUACAUUGGGCCAGCCCAUCCAUUUCAAGAAAAAAUCCAACAGAGGAAACAGAGCAUAAAGCUUUUCUUCUUCCUCUUCCGUUUUGAGCUUCCCACUCGAUCUCAUUCUCAGAAAUGGAUACAAAAUCAUUGGCGAAGUCGAAAAGAGCUCACUCAUUGCAUCUUAGUAAGAAGAAUCAGCAACCUCAUCCGUCCAAGGUUGCUUCUGCUGGCCCGAGUUCGUCAUCUACUGGGGAUAAGAAGCAAAGUAGGAAGCAAGGGAAGGAUAAACCUGCACAGGGUCAUGGUUCUAAGGGACUUCCUUCGAAUUGGGAUCGGUAUGUUGACGAAGGAGACGAAGGGUAUGAGUUAGAUUCUGGAAAUGUGGUUCCUCGAGAGAGUUCAUCUGAGGCAGGUUCGGAUGUUGUAGCGCCGAAGAGUAAGGGGGCAGACUAUGCUUACUUGAUCUCUGAAGCCAAGGCUCAGUCUGGGUAUUCUUCACAGAGUGCACCUCUGUUUGACGAUGUUCUACAUGAUUUCUACCAGGGAUUUGGUCCAUUGCUUUCCACUAAAGGGCAAAGCAUAGCAUCCUGGAUUGCAGAUGACAUUUUUGGGUCCGAAGAUAAAGCGCCUCCCCCAGAUGAGGCCACUUUUCUCUCACUCAAUCUGCACACUCUUGCGGAGCAACUUGCUAAAGCAACUCUAUCAGAAAGGCUUUUCAUCGAUCCUGACUUGCCAGAACUGCUCAUGGAGGAACUGCAAAAGCUUAGUGAGAAUAAACAUGAAGAGGCUCCAGCAAAAAGAACAAGUGGAUUGGCAGAGGAAGUUUUUGAUGUGUUAGCUACAAAAACUGUAUCUGAAGACAGCAAGAGUCUGCAUAAUUUUGUUGGCAGCCCAUCUGAUAGAACAAGCACAGCUACCAGCAGCAGUUGUAAGAUAUCCGUUCUCACCGGGGAAGUCUCAAAAUCUACUGGCAGUGCGAAGGAUGAGGCAUUGGAAAGGACAGAAAUGGGACAAACCGGCAUGCAGAGGUACACUCCCGAAUUCAAUACGAAGUCUGUUGCUAAGAAGCCAUCAAAAUUUGAGGCAGAGGAUGAGCUUGACAUGCUUUUGGGCUCAUUUACUGAUAAGCCUCUGGAGUCAGAAAGGGUAGAGGAAUCACAUCGGGGUUCUUUUUUGCCACAAAAACAUGCGUCAUCUUCAUCUUCAUUGCCAGAAAGGGCUUCAUCGAGUCAAAAGGUUCCCAAUCUAUCUGCGCCAAGGGACAUGAAGCUCGAAGAUUGUGUCGAUGAUCUGCUCAAUGAAACAUCCAUUCUGACCAUUAACAAAAGUAAGGGGUCACCAGCAGAUGAGGCAAAAGCUGUCACCAGAUCUAAUAAACUCAGUGAUGACUUUGAUUCAUGGUUUGACACAAUCUAACUGUUCUCCAGCUUCGUUUUCCAUUUGUUUGUUACUAAUCAAACAUGAGUCUGUGAACUUACAAUUUUUGUUUUGUUUUUAAUAAAUGAAAAUCACACUAUCAUUAUCAAUUAAAUGGUCAAUUUACCU